CGAAUAAUUUACUAAUUUGCGUGGUGUUCAUUCUCUUUACGUGUAACUCUUCUCUUCUCUCUUUUGUAGUAUCCGUUGUUUCUCACUGUUUCUAUCAUCAAACACUCAACCAACUGACCCUGUGAUCCAACUUCAAGACUUCUUCAUUUUCAAAUAGCAACGCGGGCCGACCUCAGAGGAUAAGCAUAUGUUCGUAACAAGAAGAGCUCUAGUGGCCCUGUUUAUCCUUGGUUUUUGCUUGUGUAUUGUUUUCAUCGCAGUUGUUAACCCAUUCGAUGUUGAUCGCAAUAUAGGUUCAGCUAACAUAUUCCUGUCCCCGGGUGACGGAGAAACAAAAGAAGAAGUGUCGUCAAAUACUAAGAAGAAGGAUAAAGUGAUAGAUCUAGCGAUAUCGUCACCACAACCAGCUAGCACAAAAUUCCCUCGCGGCAAGGGACCUGCUCCUGCUGAAGCACAAGAGAAAACAGAAGAGAAAACAGAAGAGAAAACAGAAGUGAAACACAAGAUUCCUGAUUCGUACCUUCACGUAAAGCAAACUAAAGAUAUCCUAGAUUUUGUCCACAAUCAAUGCGAAAAACAUCACCAGAUCACAGCUCUUCCGGGUGAAGCGAAGAAGCCGAGAAUGUUGAUUGUCCCUAAAAACUGGAGAGAGCACAUGAUGGUGUACGCGAGUAACCCCAAAACUGGGUCCACAUCCUUUAAAAAGUGGUACCUCCGCAUUCAGGGGGAUAAAAGAAAUUACACUGAGAUGACUGGAGUUCAUGCCAUGGGAAAAUACGGUCGUUUAGAUGAAGUUUACGAGUGGGUGGAGGAGGACCUCGGAAGAGAAGCACGGUUGAUAGACGCAGUAGAGAAACUCUACAAAGUUGUUGCAGUCCGGAAUCCAAUUGUAAAACUAAUGUCUGGCUUUAGAGAUAAGAUUCUGAGGAGAACUAAGGAGGGUAUUAAAGAACCUAUGCUUGAAAUCAAUCCAAAUCUCAAUAUAAACAGCACAGAUGCUGAAAAAUAUGCCGCAUUUGUAGAAGCUGUGGUCACUAAAAAGAUUUCAAAUUUCCACUUUUCACCCCAAUGGGAGAAGAUGAGCAUUUGUGACUAUCCUUAUGACAUGAUAAUGCAGACAGAAACAACAGAACAGCAGAUAAGAGAGGUGCAGGAGCACACCAACACUCAGGAGCACGACUUUCCUGGCUCCAGAAGUCAGCAGGGUUACGAUAGUGUGGCUACUGUACAUCUCGCUCACGAGUUCUACAGCAAGGUCUCACCAGAGCUGAUGGAGCGAUUAUAUCACUACUUUCGGUGGGACUUCGUGCUACUAGGUUACAGUAAACUUGACAACCCUAACUUCCCUUACCUGGACUAUAAUCAGGACAUUGACAAAGAAUUUGGAGGUUAUAUAAAGGACGAAAUGGAUGCAAUAGAAUCCGACGAUGAAUCGUCCACAGAAGGGGUCUGAAUAAGACUGACUCAGCUGUGAACAAUGACAAUUUAUAAAUAUAUAUAUGGAAAUGUUCAUAGAUAUUGAUGAAUGAUGAUGAUAUUGAUGUACAAGGUGGCCCAGAAGUAACUACCCACACGCAACCCUUGAAAUUUGAAUAGCUUACUUAAUUCGUAGUAGAAUGGUUAAAAUUGACCUCACCAAAGCACAUAUCCCCACGUAGAUAAUAUCUAGUAAUGGAUAAAGAUUUCUUACAGUAUUAAUUUGAGUACACCUAUACUGGUAUAGGUACACCUAGAUACUGUAAUCAACAAAUUUUUACGAAACUUUAAGUGUUAAGGGAAUCUAAGUUUAACCCAUAUCAGUAAUCCCUGAUCUUUGUGUGAGUUAUUACAUAUUAGGGGGUUGCGUGUGCACAGUUACUUCUGGGCCACCCUGUAUUUUACUGUUGAUAGGCGUCAUUGAAGAUGUUAAUGAAAGUAUUUCGCAAAAUUUUCAAUGAUAUCACAAUUUUGUUCUAUGUUUUAUAUUUGUAAACUGGGAAUAUUAAAUUAUAUACUUUCUCUGAAUCUCUACCUUCAUCAACGUGCACUGUGUAAUGUGUAUUGGACGAAAAGAAAAUAAAUAAAGCUUAAAAAUUGAAUAUUAAUUAGGAACCUAGAAGAUUGAGUACUUGGUUUUUUAAAAGGUCUCCUAUUGCUCACAU